GCGGCGGUGGCGGCGGGAGCGGCGUCGAGUGUCUCUGUGCGCCCGUCUGUGGCCAGGCAGCCAACAGCCCAGCAGCCACUCAGCUCGCAGCCUGCGGCCAAACAGCCAGCCAUGCUCAACUUCGGCGCUUCUCUCCAGCAAGCUGCGGAGGAAAGAAUGGAGAUGAUUUCUGAAAGGUCGAAAGAAAUGUAUUCCUGGAACAAAACUGCGGAGAAAAGUGAUUUUGAAGCUGUAGAAGCACUUAUGUCAAUGAGCUGCAGUUGGAAGUCUGACUUUAAGAAAUACCUUGAAAACAGGCCCGUUACACCAGUCUCAGAUAUGUCAGAGGAAGACAGUCUGCUUCCAGGCACACCUGAUUUUCAUACAAUCCCAGCAUUUUGUUUAACUCCUCCUUACAGUCCCUCUGACUUCGAACCCUCUCAAGUGUCAAACAUGAUGGCACCACCGCCAUCUACUGGACACUUCAAGUCAUUUUCAGACACUGCCAAGCCUCCCAUUGCUGCACCUUUCAAAGAAGAAGAAAAGAGCCCUGUAUCUGCCCCCAAACUCCCCAAGGCUCAGGCAACCAGUGUGAUCCGUCACACAGCUGAUGCCCAGCUGUAUAACCACCAAUCCUGCCCAGUGAAAGCAGCUAGCAUCCUCAACUAUCAGGACAAUUCUUUUCGAAGAAGAACCCACCUAAAUGUUGAGGCUGCCAGAAAAAACAUACCCUGUGCAGCAGUGUCACCAAACAGAUCCAAGUGUGAGCAAAACGUUGUGGCAGAUGUUGAUGAGAAAGGUGCUGCACUUUAUGACUUUCCUGUGCCUUCCUCAGAGACAGUCAUCUGUAGGUCUCAGCCAGCCCCUGCAUCCCCACAGCAAAAGUCGGUGUUGGUGUCUCCACCAGCAGUGUCCACAGGGGGAAUGCCUCCUGUGCCCGUCAUCUGCCAGAUGGUCCCUCUCCCUGCAAACAACCCUGUCGUGACCACAGUUGUUCCUAGCACUCCACCCAGCCAGCCACCAGCUGUCUGCCCCCCUGUGGUGUUCAUGGGUACUCAGGUAACCAAAGGUGCUGUCAUGUUUGUGGUACCCCAGCCUGUGGUGCAGAGCCCAAAGCCUCCAGUGGUGAGCCCAAAUGGCACCAGACUCUCUCCCAUUGCCCCUGCACCUGGGUUUCCCCCUUCAACAGCGAAAGUCGCUCCUCAGAUGGAUUCAUCCAGAGUAAGAAGUCACAUUUGUGGCCACCCAGGAUGCGGCAAGACAUACUUUAAAAGUUCCCAUCUGAAGGCCCACAUGAGAACACACACAGGAGAAAAGCCUUUUAGCUGUAGCUGGAAAGGUUGUGAAAGGAGGUUUGCCCGUUCUGAUGAACUGUCCAGACACCGGCGAACCCACACGGGUGAGAAGAAGUUUGCCUGUCCCAUGUGUGACCGGCGGUUCAUGAGGAGUGACCAUUUGACAAAGCAUGCCCGGCGCCAUCUGUCAGCCAAGAAGCUCCCAAACUGGCAAAUGGAAGUGAGCAAGUUAAACGACAUUGCUCUACCUCCAACCCCUGCGCCCACACAGUGA